AUGUUUACUGCUUCACAUAUUAAAGACAACCAAGAAUAUGGGGGCUCCUUUAUUCAUAGUUAUGGUUCGAAGAAAUUCGUUAGGCCAAAAUUGGAUAAUGUCCUAGAUGCGGUUGCACAAGCAAGAUUUAAUGAAAAAAAAUGGGUUUGGAUAGAAGAUGACAAUGAAGGAUAUGUUAGAGGACAUAUCAUUAAUGAAAAUAACGACAAAGUAGAGAUAGAAUACGAAAGUGGGAGGACAGCCUUUGUGAGCAGCGCAAAAAUAAAGCCAAUGAACCCACCAAAAUUUGAUAUGGUUGAUGAUAUGGCUGAGCUAACUCACUUGAAUGAACCUUCAGUGAUUCAUAAUCUCACUGUUAGAUAUAAAGCAAAUCACGUUUAUACCUAUUCUGGCCUUUUCUUAGUGGCUGUAAACCCUUAUAGAAACCUUUCUAUAUACACUGAUGAGUACAUUCAAUCUUAUAAAGGUAGAAGAAGGGGUGAAAUGCCUCCUCAUAUCUAUGCGGUUGCAGAUCAAGCCUAUCACGACAUGGUCCAAGAUAGAGAAAAUCAAUCCAUCUUGAUUACGGGCGAAUCAGGUGCAGGAAAAACAGAGAACACCAAAAAGGUUAUUCAGUAUUUAACAGAAGUUGCAUCUAUUGAUAAACAUGCGAAUCAACUUCAACAUCAAAUACUACAAGCAAAUCCUAUACUUGAAUCGUUUGGUAAUGCACAAACAAUACGUAACAACAAUUCAUCUCGAUUUGGUAAAUUCAUCCGUAUCGAAUUUAAUAGUAGAGCUCAAAUCUGUGGUGCAAAUAUUGAAUGGUAUUUAUUGGAAAAAUCUCGAGUACAUUAUCAAACUUCAAAAGAGAGAAAUUAUCAUGUUUUCUAUCAAUUGUUAGAAGCAGAUGAAGAUAUUAAAAAGCAAUUAUUAUUGGACGGAUGCGCUAAUGAUUAUAAUUUCCUAAAGCAAUCCAAUAAGCGAAUUGAAGGUGUAGAUGAUAAAGAGGAAUAUAAUAAUCUUGUGAAUGCAUUGGACAUUAUGGGUCUUACAGAAAAGGAAAAAUUGGAUCUGUUUAGAGUAGUUUCUGCUAUACUUCAUCUUGGCAAUAUUUCAAUUACCAACUAUUCAGAGCGUGCUGACAUCAAGAAUUUUGAUACAGUUGAACGCGUCUGUCAUUUACUUGGCAUAUCUGCAGAGGAAUUCAAAAAGAGUUUGCUAUCACCACGUAUCAAAGCAGGAAGAGAUUGGGUGGCUCAAGCCAAAUCGCCUGCUCAGGUCGUUGCCAGUAUUGACGCUUUAGCUAAAACACUGUAUGAAAGAAACUUUGGAUAUCUGGUAGAGCGUAUAAAUAAAGCAAUUGAUGGUCAAAGAACAAAGGAUAAGUCUGGUUUUAUUGGCGUAUUGGAUAUAGCAGGAUUUGAAAUAUUUGAAGUUAAUAGCUUUGAACAACUUUGUAUAAAUUAUACAAAUGAAAAGCUGCAGCAAUUCUUUAACCAAAACAUGUUUGAAUUGGAACAAGAAGAAUACCAAAAAGAGAAAAUAAACUGGAACUACAUUGACUUUGGUAAAGACCUUCAACCGACGAUUGACUUGAUUGAAAAAACCAAUCCUGUGGGUAUUUUGUCUUGCUUGGAAGAAGAAUGUGUAGCGCCAAGAGGAAGCGAUCAGCGUUUCCUACAAAAGUUGAACAAGUUUUGUGACAAUGAUAAUCCAGAUGCAAAGUAUAAAAGCACACGAUUUCAGGACGGGUUCAUAUUAAAGCAUUAUGCUGGUGAUGUGGAAUAUUCAGUAGAUGGAUGGAUAGAGAAAAACAAGUAUCCUCUUAAUGAAGACAUUACUCGUUUAUUGGCAAAGUCAACACAAAAACAUAUAGCUAGACUAUUUGAAGACUAUGAAGAAGAUGAUAACGAUCAUAGCAGUAAUGGGAACACCAACGGCUUUGUUUCCAUGCUCAAGAUCCGUAAAGGAAGUGGAUCAUUUAGAACAGUUGGCCAAAGACAUAAACAACAGCUAUUGUCUUUAAUGAACACUCUGUACAUGACACAUCCACAUUUUGUUCGCUGUAUCCUACCCAAUGACAAAAAGCGUGCUGGUGAUAUUCAGACCAAAUUAGUAUUGGAUCAAUUGAGAUGUAAUGGUGUGCUAGAAGGUAUCCGUAUCUGCCGCAAAGGAUUCCCUAAUCGUCUGUCAUUUGAUGAGUUCAGAAAACGAUAUGGUAUUCUAUAUCCCAGUCUACUGAACAGAGAUUCGUUUAUUGACGGAAGAACAGCAUGUCAGAUAUUACUUGAUCAGAUCGACCUAGACAAGGAGAGAUACCAGAUCGGUAUGACCAAAGUGUUCUUCAAAGCAACAGUAUUGGCAGAACUAGAGGAGCUGCGAGACAAUAAGUUGGGUGUUUGUAUUACUCAAUUCCAAGCAUACUGUCGUGGUCGUCUGGCUCGACACCAUCAGAGUAGCUUUGCUCGACAGACCGAAGCUAUCCGUAUCAUGCAACGUAAUGCUCGUAUCUAUAUCUCUCUUCGUGAAUGGCCAUGGUGGAGAAUAUAUGCUAAACUGAAGCCACUUAAUGCUGCAUACCGUGUUGAUGUACAAAUGCGAGAAAAAGAUCAAAAGAUUCACGCUUUAGAGAAACAGCUAGAGGAACAAAAAAGUGUUAUUGCUGAGACUACUUCACGUAGUCAAGAACUUGAAAAUCAGAAUACUGAACUAAAGCAACUCAUUAUGGAUGAGCAAUCUGUUAUUCAAGAACUGGAAGAGAGUAAACAAGAACUGUUCCAAAAAUUCACGCUUGCAGAAGAACGUAUCGAGGAAUUAGAAUCUGAGCUAACCCAAAAGACGAAAUUUAUAGAGGAAAAUCACAAAAUAUUAGAACAAAAGACAAAAGAGGCUCAGCUUGAAUUAGAGAAAAAGGAAGAAGAAAAUCAAGUACUCAGAGGGCGAUUGGAAGCUUUGGAGAAUGAAAAUGAAAAGAUAAAGCAAUCCUUAGUAGAACAACAAGAUGAGUAUAAUAAAGAUAUUAGUGAAAAGGACGAGCAAAUACUUCAACUUGAAUUGAACAACAAACAACAUGUAGAUAGUCUUCAUAUAGAAAUAGAAUCACUAACGGAGAAACUAAAAGAAACCGAAAGUCGUAAAGAGCAAGAAAGUCAAACAAAUCAUGAAAACAUUGCACAUUUAGAAUCAACCAUAAAGCAACUAGAAGAGGCAUUAACUAUUGAAACGGAUACCCGAAAGGAUUGGCAAAACAAAUAUGAACAACUCAAGGAGGAUUGGGAUAAUUUAACAGCUUUAGUACGAGAAGAGUCCGAGCAAGCUAAAGCACGAAUAUCAAGGUAA